AAUAGUUAAAACUUGUAGUAUAUUUUUAAACUUACCCCUAUUUAUAUAUUGACAAAGCAAAAUAGCUAAAGUUUCACUAAACCCAAAUUCUUUGCAAUCCCAAUCGAAACCCAUUUACUUAUUUCACUAUAAAUGAAUGCACCCGUGUAUUUUGAAUCAGAGUUCAGUGGUCAGUGCACUCCAACUGUUCGAUAAAAUUCCCGAUAGAUUUCUUCAUUUGAAAACUUAGCAAAUCUUUCAACUGCAACCAGCGAUGAGGCGAUUGUUCUUCAACUCUGUUUCUUCAUUCAAGUAUUACUCUUCAUCAGCAUCAUCAAACGUGCUUAAACCCGGCGACAUUUUGAAGCAAUCCAGAGUAUUUUCCAUAUCCGAAGUCGCGGAUUACUCGAAGCUAACACACGAUCAUAAUCCGCUGCACUUCGAUUUGGAAUGCGCCAGAAACGCCGGAUUCACGGACACUCCUAUCCCGGGAUUGCUCGUUGCUUCCUUGUUUCCUAGGAUAAUUGCUUCCCAUUUUCCGGGGGCGAUUUAUGUGAAGCAGACGCUGGAAUUUAGGGCACCGGUUUUCGUCGGAGAUGAUGUUGUUGGUGAAGUGCAGGCAAGCAACAUCAGGCAGCUCAAAGAUAAGUUUAUGGUGAAGUUCGCGACUAGUUGCGUUAAAGAUGGUGGAGCUGUGGUGAUUGGGGGAGAGGCCACUGCGAUUCUGCCCACGCUGGCUGUCAAUCACAGGUGCCUUUGAGCUACGUAGUGACAAAUUCAUCGAAGCUGCCAUUUUUGUUGAUGUGUGCUUGCAUUUCUGUAUCCUGAAUUUGAUGUUUUGAAUGUGAAGAAGGUUUGGUGAGAGAGCUGCAUAUUUCAUUUUUUACAUUUUGUCAAACUGGUGAAAUAAUCAAAUGUGCUGCUGCACAAUUUGGAGUUUUUGAGUUGGAAUUUGGAUUUAAGAAAA